CUCCCAUAAUGUCGUCCUUCUUCACGGCACCAGCUUCUCAGCGGAAACGGAAGAGAACCGAGCCCCCCAUACCUGCUGCCAAAAAACAAAAUGUAGCAUCCUCAACCUCAUCCACCAAAGCGCCCCGCCGAACAGAGCGAGACGACUCAAUUUCAGGAAGUGGAAGUUCGGACGACGAAGGCAAUGAGUUUUUCGAGUCUGCAGAACAGGACGGAUCCGGCUCUUCGGAAGAUGAAAUCGAGACCGCGGCCGAAAAGCGAUUACGACUCGCCGAACGUUACCUUGACAACAUCCGGAAUGAGGUAGAAGAGGAUGUGGGGUUUGAUGCCGAACAGAUAGACCGGGACUUGAUUGCUGAAAGACUGAAAGAGGAUGUAGCUGAGACAAAGGGAAAGAUCUAUAGGAGGAUCGCGAAUACUCUAGAUUUUGUUUCGGCAGAUUAUGUUUUUGGAAAAUCGGAUCGGCAGCACUCGGUGACUGGAUGUGCAGCUCUCCUCCCGCAUGUCUGGACUAUAAGCAAAGAUUUAAUGGUUUCUAAGUGGGAGCUUUUCGACCCAGAGACGUACAAUGCUCCAGAUACGGAAAGACCAACGAACUUUUUCCCUCGACGAAGACCGAAACGACUAUUCUGGAGAAAGGGCAACAAGAACAAGGCGAAAGACCGUGACUAUCUCGGCCACACCGCUGCGAUUAUAUCAGUUGCUAUAUCCGACUCCGGAAAAUUCUUAGCAACAGGGGAUGAAAACGCUCGACUGAUCAUUUGGGAUGCCGAUACCCUAACACCCCGCAAACUGUUCACACAACAUCGUGCGGCCAUUACCUCAUUGUCGUUUCGAAGAGGCACUGAACAGCUCUUCUCAGCCUCCGCAGAUCGCACUAUCAAAAUUUGGAGUUGCCCCGAGCUUGCCUACAUCGAAACCCUCUUCGGCCACCAGGAUUCCGUGAUCGGUAUUGCAGGUGGGCUGGACACCAACCAGGAGACAUGUGUCAGCGUGGGUGCACGAGAUCGCACUGCAAGAUUAUGGAAAGUCGUCGAAGAAAGCCAACUAGUCUUCAGGGGCGGUGGUUCUGCAAAGCAGAAAGGGAUGGAUAAAUUACGCAAGGGACGAUUUGGGGGUAAUAUUAGCCACGAAGGUGACAGACCGAAAUCCCAGGCAAAUGAUGUUCAUAACCAUGACGACGACCCCCCGAUUGCGUAUGCGGAAGGUUCGAUUGACUGCGUUGCCCUCCUUGAUACGGGACUGUUCGUCACGGGCUCAGACAACGGGGCACUCUCUCUAUGGGCUAUCAACAAGAAGAAACCACUGUUUACUCUUCCACUGGCUCACGGACGCGACCCGCCACUUGCUCCAGACGAACUGUCAGCAGAUGUCCAUGCCAUAGAAAAAGGCGUCAAAGGCCCACGUUUACCAAGGUACAUCACAGCACUCACAACAGUACCGUUCGCAGAUCUAAUCCUAUCCGCGAGCUGGGACGGAUGGAUACGAGCAUGGCGUGUUGGGUCUGAGAAACGAUCUAUCGAAGAACUAGGGAAAGUUGGUCGGGUUGCUGUUGAUGGAGAGCGGCUUGUCAACGGCAAUGGGGUCAAUGGGCUUCAUGAGACUGCAGACUCAAUCUUAGUACGAGGUAUCGUCAACGGCCUGUCCGUCUGCGAGAGAGGAGACCGAGGCAAAGCAGGGCUAUGCAUUGUAGCGGCGGUUGGAAAAGAGCCCAGAUUAGGUCGAUGGAUGGAAGGGAAGGGCCGAACCGGCAUUGCUGUUUUCGAAGUCCCAAAGAAAAGCACCACGAACGAAGCUGAAAGCUCAGGAGAUGUGGACGAAGCCGAAUAAAUGAACAGAACAGAGCAACUGCUUU